ACUCUUCCUGUUGGGGAAGAAUGGCCGCCUUCGUCGCACUGGCUGCAACGGAGCUCGGCACGAGAGGCUCGCCAGGCCAUUUUCGCUGACCUGGACAAGCUUAAAUCACGGGGUACUCCUCUCGCUCGCUGCCUGGAACGGAUGAGUUGAGGAGGGGCUGACUGGAAAGCAACGAGAUUCGGCGGGGCCAGAGAGGCGAGACGAGCUAACGAGACACCUCGGAGGCUAAUCGUGGUAGCCGGCUACCAACACGGCUGUCACUGCCGGUGGGCGAGCCCAACCAGCCCGCGGCCGCCGACGCAAAUGCACGACGAGCGGGCGGUUUUCACUCAAGAGACGCUGACUCCAAAGUUGACAUGAGCGGACCUGGACAAGACAGCGAACCGGAGGCGAAAGUCCUUCUCAUCAAGCGCUUGUACAGGGCGGUGGUGGAGUCGGUGCACAAGCUGGAUGUCAUCAUUGGCGGCAAGGCGUCGUACAGGGAGGUCUUCAAGCCCGAGAACAUCAGCCUGCGUAACAAACUGAGGGAGCUGUGUGUCAAAUUGAUGUUCCUGCAUCCAGUGGACUACGGCCGCAAGGCGGAGGAGUUGCUGUGGAGGAAGGUUUACUACGAAGUCAUCCAGGUCAUCAAAACCAACAAGAAGCACAUCCACAGCCGCAGCGUCCUGGAGUGCGCCUACCGCACGCACCUGAUCGCCGGCGUCGGCUUCUACCAGCACCUGCUGCUCUACAUCCAGUCGCACUACCAGCUGGAGCUGCAGGACCGAAUCGACUGGACGCACGUGACCGACCCACUCAUCGGCCGGAAGAAGGCGCUGUCGGCCUCCCCCAAGGAAAUGGAGUGGGCCCAAAUGGCCUGUCACCGAUGCCUGGUCUACCUUGGCGAUCUCGCGCGCUAUCAGAACGAGCUGGCCGGCGUGGAGGCGGAGCAUCUGGCCGAGAGGUUCUACCACCAGGCGCUGUCCGUCAUGCCGCACGUUGGGAUGCCUUUCAAUCAGCUGGGGACGCUGGCUGGAAGCAAGUUCUACAAUGUGGAAGCAACCUACUAUUACCUACGCUGUAUCCAAUCCGAGAGCCCCUUCGAGGGCGCUUAUGGCAACCUGAAGCGCCUCUUUGACAAGGCGGCCAAGAUGUACCAGCAAGUGAAGAAGCAGGAGAUGAAAAAGCUUUCGCCGUCUCGACAGAGAUCCAGAGACAUCAAGCGUCUCCUGGUGAGCUUCAUGUACCUGCAGAGUCUGUUGCAGCCCAAGAACAGCCUGAUGGAGUCCGAGUUGACCUCGCUGUGCCAGUCGGUGCUGGAGGACUUCAACUUGGUUCUCUUCUACCUGCCGGCAGCACCGCCGCUGCGCGGCCAGAACGCCGCCGCACGCCACUCCCUCAGCGAGGAGGACGAGGAGCAGCAGCAGCAGCAGCAGCACCAACAACAACCCGCCACCGAUGGCUCCUGUGCUGUGCUGCCCGACGCGCUUGUCUUCAAGAUGGUGGUGACGUGCCUGAUGGUGGUGCACAGCCUCAAGAGAGGAGGCUCAAAGCAGUACAGCGCGUCCAUCGCUUUUACGCUGGCACUCUUCUCCCAUCUGGUGAACCACGUGAACAUUCGGCUGCAGGCUGAGCUGGAGGAAGCGGAGAGCCAGGUGCCGCAGCUGAACACGGACGCCACAGACGACCUUGACUUGAAGCACGCAGACGGGCUGGGCGAGCGUCCUCUGCAGAACGGUUCCCUGGAGCGAGAGGAUGAGGAAGAGGAUGAGGACGCCACCGUGAAGAUGAGCGGUGCGAACGAAGAGCACAAGUCGGACCAGGACAAACAGAAGCAGAAGAAGAAGUACACCCGCCUGUCACGCAUGCGCAGACGCCGCAAGGACCACGGCGGCGAAGACGAGAGCGACCUGAGCGAGGGCUUUGAGAGCGAGGACGACGAAGACGAGGAGGAGGACGAGGCCCCCGCGGCGAGAGAUCGCCCUGCUUCCGCCGGUUGCCCCUCGCCCGCCGCGCUGCCCGAUCCGGUCGCCCAGCAGAAGGAAUUGAAGGAGGGCUGCUGGGGGAGCGGCUCCGAGGAGGAAGACGAGGAAGGCGGCACUGCUUUCGACGUCGAGACGGAUUCGGACAUGAACAGCCAGGAGUCCCGCUCGGACCUGGAGGACAUGGGUGAAGCGGAAAACUGCGAGCGCCACGAGGCCAAGACCCGGGACCGGCGGGACGGCGAGGAGGACGACGCCAAGGGGGCCGGCGGCCAAGCGCUUUCCGUCGCCAACGGGCCCCUGGGGGCCAGCGACGCCAGCAUCAGCAGCAACCUCCAGGCCAUGUCCUCGCAGCUCUUCCAGGCCAAGCGCUGCUUCCGCCUGGCGCCCACCUUCAGCAACAUGCUGCUCAGGCCUCAAACGGCCUCCGCCGGGCCCGCUUCCGCAGACGACUCCGUCGCCGCCGCGCCCUCCCAGGAGACCCCCUCCUCUGCCAGUCAAUCACCCUGCGAUGUGAACCAGAAUACCCCCAAUGGGGUCAACGAAAAUGACUUGGACUCGGACUCCGAAGGGAGCCAGCGCAGCGCCCCGUCGGUGCACAGCGAGAAGACGCUCCUGGAGAAGCUUGAGAUCCUGACCAAUCAGGGUUUGAUCCAGGUGGUCAAGGUGUUCAUCGACUGGCUCAGGACCAACACGGACAUCAUCCUCAUGUGUGCGCAGAGUUCCCAGAGCCUCUGGAACCGUCUGUCCGUGCUCCUCAACCUGCUGCCAGAUGGAAAGAAGAUGCUUGAAGCUGAGGCCGACUUGAACCCGGACGUGAAGGAGCUGCUGGGCGAGUGCGAGCGACCCGCCCUGCUCCAGACGCUACUGCUACCCGAGGAUGUGGCGCUGAGGCACCUGCCCGCCCUCGCCGUUGCCCACCGCCGCCUGGACUUUGCCCACCGGGGCGCCUCCCUCAGCCCGCUACAGGAGUGCGUGGUGCGCGUUUGUUGCAUCCGCAGUUUUGGCCACUUCCUCACCAGUCUCCAGGGCAACGUGCUGCACUUCAACCCGGAGGCGGGCAUCUUCACCAGCGUCAGCCAGUCGCAAGCUGACAACCUGCUGCAGCAGGCCAAGGCCCAGUUCCGAAUGGCUGAAGAGGAGGCCCGCAGAAAUCGCCUGAUGCGGGAUAUGGCUCAGCUUCGACUCCAGUUGGAAGUGUCUCAACUAGAGGGCAGCCUUCAGCAGCCCAAGGCUCAGUCGUCCAUGUCGCCCUACCUGGUGCCCGAUGCCGCCGCCCUCUGCCAGCACCUGGGCCUCAUCCGAAAUCUCGCCGCCAGCGGCUGCUUCAUCGUGAUCAUCCCCAGAACAGUCAUCGACGGACUGGACCGCCUGAAAAAGGAGAAUGCCGGCGCGCGAGACGGCAUCCGCUUCCUUGAGUCUGAGUUUCGGAAAGGCAACAGGUACAUCCGAUGCCAGAGGGAGUCUGGACGAAGUUUUGAAAGAGAUAAGCUAAAACGUCAGGACCUUGAUGCCUGGCAUCUGUACAAAAUGGUGGACAGCUGCCGCCAGCUCACGGUCUCCCAGAGCAUCGACGACGACACGGCCGGCAUGGUCACCCUUCUCACCGGACAUCCGGUGGACCAACUGUGUGAACGCUCGGCAGCAAUGAAGUCUGCCGUCCAAGCGGCGAGCUCAGCGGGCAUGGAGCUGAAGAACAUCGCAGAUUUUUACCGGCAGUGGAAGGAGAUGGGCUGAGGGGGACCACGCAAAACGCCGCCAAUGUCGGAUCAAUCGCAACACUCGUUCUCUCUCUCUCUCGCUCUCUCUCCCCCCCUCUCUCUAAAUCUCUCUCUCUCCCCCAACCCUCCUCUGUCUCUCUCCCUCUGCCACUCUCUUUGCUCUGUGUGUAUCUGCGUCUCCAAAACAAAAUCUCAACAUGAAGCCGGACGGAUGGAAAGAGUUGAAACUUACGAAGGGAGUUGAAAUCCACUAAAACGAAGACGGGCGAACGCCUUCCAAAGAAAGGCGACCCCCCCCCCCCCUCCGCCCCGCGCGGUUCUUCGGCGGACGUUGAAAGUGCCGAGAUGCCAAACGUAAGCGUUCUGGCUGGCGCUCCGCUUCCCUCUCAAACUGGGAGCGCGCUGUAUAUGUUGAGAGAGAGACACGGUGCGUACACACACACACAGGCUUGGAAUUGAAGUCCUUUUGGGUGUCGGUGGUUUCGCUCUCGUUGUUUUUAGCGGGAUGAGUGAUUUCCGUUGUUCGUAUCCAGAGAGAGAAAAACACAAGUAAGGCAGGUGCAGCAAAAAAAAAAAAAAAAAAGCAACCAGCAGCAGGCUGCCGUGGCCUGAGGGAAAGUCAAACCUGAAAAACGGCACUCGGAAGGGUUGUUAUUGUUAAUGAGGUGCACUUUUCUCCUCUUGUCUGUUGUUUGGGUUUUUUGGGGGGGUGGGGGGGGUGUUGGACUUCUAAUUCUCACACAAUGUCCGUAGGUUUAUUUGGUUUUGGGCAGAAAUUUUCAGAAUGAACGCACGAUAACCUCUCCAGGUCAACGUCAUUUGACCGUGUCAACUUUUGAACGGCCUUCUGGUUUUUCUCAACAUGGUGUUCAACAAUUGGAAAAGAUUUUUUUUUCCUCAAAGUAAAAACUUUUAGGGAGAGGAGGCAUUUCUCAAUUUUUUUUUUCUGAACAAAUUAUACACUUCUCAAAAUAGUCCAACUUCAUUUGCAUUAGAUAAAAAACGCAACCUUUUCAUAGAAAAAAUGUGUAGAAUUGAAGAAGGCUAAAUUUGACCUAUAAAGGCUGAGCAUUUCAGAUUUAUCCUCAAAUUACACCCAAUAGCCCAAUAAUCCCUUUUUUGUUUUUUUUGUUUUUGGAGUUGUGUGUGUUGUCUGUACUCUAGACAAAAAGGAAACGACAACCCUGUGAUCAAGCUCAUUCGGGUUUUAUUUUUGUACCCAAACAAUUAUGGUGUUAUGCAAUUUUUUUUUUCCGAUUCGAGAAUGUACAAGGGAAAGCAGUGUAUUUAUCAAGGUGUCACUUAUUAAAAGAAAAAAAAAAGCUAAUAUGGGUUGCUGUAAGCUAUGAGAGAAGUUGGAAAUGUCUACAUGAUGACAGACUGUCUCCAUUUUCGUGAGUGUCCUAUCAUACACAAAUAGACAAAUACAUUCGCCAAUAAAAACUAAGAUAAUUUAAA